AUGAGUGAAAUUGGAACACUUAAUGAUCGUGUUCAAUCCUUGUUGUUGAUGACAAGCGAUGAUGAACAAGCUAUCAUUGCUACCCUUGACCAUUUAGUCAAAGACUUUGGUGUAGACGAAGUUCAACGAUGGUGUAUACUGCAAUCAAGACACAAGAGCUUAUUGAUACACGAGUUCGUUCGUUUGGGUCUAUUGAAAACCAUUGAACAUGCAGCUAAUGAAUUGGGUUUUGAUAUCAAUGUAAAGCGUGAAUCGGAUGGAAAUACACCGCUGCAUUUAGCUUACUGGUAUGGGAAACCCAAUAUUGGUGAACUUCUCAAGAAACUGCAAGCGAAUAUGACCAUAACACAGAACUAA